GCAAUAGCAAUGCACUCACUCGAGAGAUUUCACUGUAAAUGGUUUAUUUAUUUAGUGAUUGUGAAUUUUAAAAUGUAUAUAAAAUGAUUUGAAAACGACUCUCGGAUUAAUAGUUACAACUGUAAUACAAUCGUAUUAUUAAUAUAAUAUCAAACGCAUAGCAAUAAUGCAAAAACAAAUACUAGUCGUCAUUAGUAUCAUCGGUUUGGUGGUCGGCCGAGACAUUAACGGCGCCGGACUGGCACUCAUCAAGGAAAUGGAGGACUUCAGAGCCGACUUUUACUGGGACCAAAUCGGUCAAAAAACCAUUGGCUACGGACAUUGCUGUGUAUACCACCCGUGCGAUCAACUACACCCACCUCUAACUGAGCAACAGGGUAGUGAGCUCUUGCGAACUGAUCUGGUUGAGUUUCAAAAUUGUGUCGAAAAUGCCGCCCCUGGACUUAAUGACAACCAAUUUGCUGCCUGCACGUCAUUCGCCUUUAACAUGGGCUGCGGUACGUUCACGGGGUCGCACGUGUUGUCCAGCAUCAGGGCCCGGGAUUUCAACGCCGCCGCCAACGCCUUCAAUGAGUACGUCUCGAUGGGCGGCCGUGUGAUCGCCGGUCUCGUCGUGCGUCGCAAACGCGAGGAACAGUUGUUCAGAUCGUAGAUACCUGUGCAGCUCCAGUGUCACAGAAAUAUAAAUGACCUGUACAACUUCAAUUGCAAUUGCUAAAUAAAAUAUAAUUUAGUUCAUUAAUUUUGUUUUGGAUGUAAUGUUUGAAUUUAGUUUGUAUUUUAUUUGUG